CCCGAGGCGGACUGUCCCCUCGCUGUGGGGCAUUCGGAGUCUCGCCUGACGCCAUGUUCCUUUGGGCAGCUGCCGCCCGGGGCUUCUAGCUGCCGCCGCCCCCGCAGCCUCUAGAGCCGCAGUCGCCGGCCGGGAGCAGAGCCAGGCCAUGUCCGUCAAGGAGGGGAGUAAGGGGCUGCCGCCGCCUCUCGGCACCAGCGACCGGGCCGUUAAGGCUGUCCCUUUUCCACCAACACAUCGCUUGACAUCUGAAGAAGUGUUUGAUAUAGAUGGAAAACCUAGGGCUGACAUUUUGAAGAAUCACUUAGUAAAAGAAGGUCGGGUAGAUGAAGAAAUUGCACUUAGAAUCAUCAAUGAGGGUGCUGCAAUUCUACGAAGAGAGAAAACUAUGAUAGAAGUUGAAGCCCCAAUUACAGUGUGUGGUGAUAUUCAUGGCCAGUUCUUCGAUCUAAUGAAGCUGUUUGAAGUUGGAGGAUCACCAGCUAAUACAAGAUACCUCUUCCUUGGUGACUAUGUAGACAGAGGUUAUUUUAGUAUAGAGUGUGUGCUGUACUUAUGGGUCUUGAAGAUUCUGUAUCCAAAUACAUUAUUUCUUUUGAGAGGCAACCAUGAAUGUAGACACCUCACAGAAUAUUUUACCUUUAAGCAAGAAUGUAAAAUAAAGUAUUCAGAAAGAGUCUAUGAUGCUUGUAUGGAAGCUUUUGAUUGCCUCCCUCUUGCUGCACUUUUAAACCAACAGUUUCUUUGUGUUCAUGGUGGACUUUCACCAGAAAUAAACACACUAGAUGACAUUAAGAGACUAGAUAGAUUCAAAGAGCCUCCUGCAUUUGGACCAAUGUGUGACUUAUUGUGGUCAGAUCCCUCAGAAGAUUUUGGAAAUGAAAAAUCACAAGAACACUUCAGUCAUAAUACAGUCAGGGGAUGCUCAUAUUUUUAUAGCUAUCCAGCAGUUUGUGAAUUUUUGCAAAAUAAUAAUUUGUUGUCGAUAAUUAGAGCUCAUGAAGCACAAGAUGCAGGCUAUAGAAUGUACAGAAAAAGCCAAACUACAGGUUUCCCGUCAUUAAUAACAAUUUUUUCGGCACCUAAUUACUUGGAUGUCUACAAUAAUAAAGAAGUAUCCACUGUGACAUUACCCAGGGUGCAAUCUGGACUGACAGACAGCUCCGUCCCCUCAUUUCUCCAACCUGGGAUGCCUUUUACACUGCUUUGCUGUGAGAGCAACCACUCCUGCUCUGCCUACACCCAGCCUCCAGCAUCUGCUGUGUUAAAAUAUGAAAAUAAUGUGAUGAAUAUUCGACAGUUCAAUUGUUCUCCGCAUCCUUAUUGGUUACCAAAUUUUAUGGAUGUCUUUACGUGGUCAUUGCCAUUUGUUGGAGAAAAAGUAACAGAAAUGUUGGUGAAUGUUCUGAGCAUUUGCUCUGAUGAUGAAUUAAUGACAGAGGGAGAAGAUCAAUUUGACGUAGGUACAGCUGCAGCACGAAAAGAAAUAAUCAGAAACAAAAUACGUGCAAUUGGCAAGAUGGCAAGAGUCUUCUCUGUUCUGAGGGAGGAGAGUGAAAGUGUGCUGACACUCAAGGGUUUGACUCCCACUGGAAUGUUACCUAGUGGAGUGUUGGCCGGAGGACGACAGACUCUGCAAAGUGUUUUUCUUUAUAAUGCAAUAUGAACACCAGAGAGAGGAUCAAACUGACUAGAAAAACAUGUUUUGUUAACAUAACACAUGCAACAUAUUACCACUAGAGGAGAAAGCUGGACAUUUGGAAAGUAUGCAAAGGGGAAGGGAGGGUUUGGGUGUGUGUGUUUUUUUUUCACUGACUCCAGAAUGCUUUAUUGCGGUAUUCCUUGAUACACUGAAUCAAUACAUUAGCUAUUUCAUUCUUGUUUCACUGUUUCAAAAUAAUCCAAUUGUUAACUUUUCUUAAAAUGUAAUUUAGUUCUUACUGAUCAACAUGAACCAAUUUAUUUAGAUUUUUAUCUUGUACUAACUAUGUAUGCAUCUUUUAAACAGAACCUAUUAAAGAUUUUAAAUAUAAAUACAACACAGUUUCCAAACUACAAAAGGAAAAGUUCUGAAGUAAAACAACUAUAAUACAAACCUCACUAAUUUACACUUUGUUAAAUCAUUGCAAAAUUGGUGAACUCUGCACUUCUUGGCAAAUAUUUAUUAGCCAAUGUUAUAGUGAGGUUUCACAUUGAAAAGAUUUCAUUAUUUUUAAAAAAUAUUCUAUAUUUACCAGUAUAGUAUGAAAUGUCAUAAAUAAUUACAGCUAAACUACAUUUUAGAAAAUAAAUGAACAAAGCCUAUUUUGUGAUGUAUAAUCCUUGCUUUUCUAUUGUUUUUUGUUCACUUGCUAGUUCACAAAAUUCAGUAAUGAUCAAUGGGUUUCCCAGUCACUGAUGCUAAUUAGCGAAGUUCUCUUGUGUUGAUAAUUGGAAAAAUCAUCUGUUUGCAUCUGUAUGCAUUGUCAAAGCUCAGUCUGCUUCCACUGGUAGUUUUUAUUUUAGUGUGGUUGUAUGUGGUUCAAGUGAUUUGGGCUGAAACUUUUUUUUAUGAAAAUAGAUAGUGUAUCCAGAUAUAUUUGUAAAAUUAAUAUUUACUUUAAGUACAAACACAGAUAUAAAUAAACCAAAUUAAGCAUUUUGAAUUGGAGCUUCAGAAAUGUAAUUUGGACCCAACUUCAGAUUUUUGGCAAGAAAUACCUACAAUCAGAACUGUUUCAUUUUGAGAUCAAACAAAAAGUGGGCACAACAGUCCUUAAAGGAACAAUAAACUCUGUACUAAGUUAUUAGAAGAGACUAUGAUGUUUAAAACAAAACAAAACAGAUGAUAUUAGUACCUGUCAAUGUACAGCUAUACCUGAAAUAAUUUGUUCAGAGUUGGCCCCUUGGGGAAGAGCUGAUUGUCUGGGAUAGAAUGCAGCAUAGGGCACCUAAAAUGAUACCCAGUCUAAAGUAUCUAAAUUGUGAGGAAGGGUUAAACUGAUUCUCUUUGCAAAAUAAAAGAGACCGAGGUGUAACAACAUAAAUUCUAAGCAUCAUGUAAAGGGGUAUAGUCAAUAGACAUAUAUUUAUUGCUGAUAAGAGCAGAGGAAACAACCUGAAAAUUAGAGUAAAUUGGGAAUACCAGCAUAAUUAUAUCACACAAAAGGAAGUGAGCAUAUUAACCACUUGAGAACACCUGGAUUCAUUUCUGGAGGAGGGGUUCAGAGGAAUUCAAGGUUGUUGGUACUGAGAGAAAUUGUUAAAAGGGAAGGUAUUUGGGCAAUAUUGCCUUUGUCUGUUUGUAACAAUUAUUAUUUGAAGUGGAGUUAAGCAUUUAAUAGUAUAUUGCUUACAUGAGCAAAUUCAGGCAACUUUAUUUCACUUGUGCUUCAUUACUUUAAUGAAGAUAGAAAGAUAUAACUUUUCUAAUGCCGUUUAUUCAACGCAAUGAAGUUGUCACCAUUUAUUUGAAUUAGGGCUGUCAAUUAACUGCCAUUAACACUUGGGAUUAACGCACAGCACAAUUAACACGUUCAUAUUUUUAACACACGUUAAUCGCAGACCCUCUGGGCUGGAGGGCAGCAUGAGCUCCUCUGAGAAACCUGUUUGGUCAGGCGCAGUAACACAAGCCGCCACCAGAGAGUGGGAAGAGAAGAGGCUACAGAAAGUAAGGUAGUUCUCAUCCCUGCCUUUUUAAAGUAAAAACAGGACGGUCAGGGGCUCGCUGGAGCGCGCCCACACAAACACCCCUCAGGGCUCACUGGAACCACCCUCCCCAUGCCUCCCAGGGCUGGGGCUGACCCCCUACCCCCACCCACUCUGUGCCACCUGCAGCUGGGGCUGAAUCCCAUGCUGCCCGCAGCUGGGGCUGUCUCGCUGAGCUCUGCACUGCCCACGGUGGGAUCUCCCCUCCCCCCCCAUCCUGAGCUCAGGGGCAGACCCCCCACCCCCGAGCCCUGUGCCAUCUGCAGCUGAGGCUGAUGCCUCCUUCUGUGAGCCACGUGCUGUCUGUGGCUGGGGCUGACCCUCCACCCCAAAGCCCCGUGCCACUCGGGACUGGGGCUGACCCCACCAACCCCAAGCUCCAUGCCUCCCCCAGCUGAGGCUGAUUUUCCCCCUCCCACCCCGAGCUCUGUGCCUCCCCCAGCUGAGGCUGACUUCCCUCUCCGCCCCCCCGAGCUAUGUGCCUCCCCCAGCUGAGGCUGACUUCCCCCUCCCCUCUCCCCCGAGCUCCGCGCCUCCCCCGGCUGAGGUUGACACCCGCCCCCGAGCUCCGCGCCGCCCAGGGGUCAGCUCCGAAGCCAGCACUGCCUGCCAGCAGCAAAUUUCUCCAAUUUCCUGCUGGUGGGCUCUGCUGCCUUCAGCUGAUCCCCAGGCAGCAGCCACCUCUCUCUACUCUGCUUUGGAGCUGGGACAAAUACCCAGUUUUGGUGAAGAAGUAGGGAUGGCCGGGACAGAGCUGAAAAAGGGGACUGUCCUUGCCAAAACAUGACAUAUCACCCUAGCCAUCCCGAGCCCUGUUGUUCCCGGCUGACCCCUCACUCCUGGGACCAACCCCCCUGAAUCAUGCCCAUUUGCGCCGAGCUGGCCGCUCACUCCAAGGGUACCCCUCUGGCGAGCUCAGCCUCCCUGCACCAGCUUCUCCUCCCCUGCAGUAUGAGGAGUCCCUGAGGUAAAAUCCACCUUCCCUUGCAAACAAGGGCUCACUCAGCUGAAGGGAGCCCUCCUAGCUUAGUAAAAGGAGGCAAGCCCAGUACCAGAAACCACCCUUCCAGAAGCAGCAGCAAGACACCUCCCUCACCCUCCUCCUGCACAAGUUAUUGCUUACUCCCCCUCCUCGUCCUCCCCCAACACGGAAUGCUUGUUUGUCUGAGUAAUUGGCUGAACAAGAAGUAGGACUGAGUGGACUUGUAGGCUCUAAAGUUUUAUUUUAUUGUUAAGUGCAGUUAUUCUUUUUUACGUAAUUCUACAUUUGUAAGUUCAACUUUCAUGAUAAAGAGACUGUACUUCAAUGAGGUGAAUUGAAAUUUCUUUUUUACAGUGCAGGUGUUCG